UACUGUGUCUGAUGCUGAUGCUCAAGGUUUUACAAGGCAUUUCAAGUUUUAUGGCUCUCAAAAGUCUGUUGCUUCAUGUUUUUCCCUUCUGAUGUGAGUUAUGGACAUUUAGACUGAUCUUAACCUGAUAUCAGACAGAAGUGAUUGAUGGAUGAAGCCAAUGUUUCUGCAGAGGAUCUUUCUUUUAUACACCAGCAAGCCUUCUUUGUACGACUGGAUGGACAGAUUAUAACCCGACUAUUUAUAGUGCUGUCCACGUCCCUGCUCUUUUUCUAUGUGAACAGCGUCAUGUUCUUCACUUUGAUGAGCAAACCCGUCUUCAGGGAGACGUCCCGCUACAUCCUCUUUGCUAACAUAGUCCUCAGCGAUUCUAUCCUUCUGUUGAGCAACACAGUGCUGUACUCAUUUGCCGUGGCAUACCUCUAUGUGUUCAAGGCUAUCUGUGCGCUGGUGAUGCUAUUCUCUGUUGUCACACAAACCUUUACCCCCUUAACCCUGGCAGUGAUGUCACUGGAGCGGUAUGUGGCCAUCUGCUUCCCCCUGCAGCAUGCAGAGAUCACCACACAGAGAAGGACACACAAUACUAUCGGAGUAGUCUGGUUACUCGCCUCCCUCAAUUUCAUCAUCGACAUGUUUUACACCACUGUGACAAUGCCCCAUUCUUUCAUCGCACCUACAUUUUGCACACGGGAGAGACUGUUCAUUGACAAGUGGCAGCUCGACUUGUAUAGUGGACUCAAUGGUUUUUACCUUGUGGCUGUGGCUGUAAUCAUCAUCUACACAUAUGUCGCCAUUAUGGUAGCAGCCAGGUCCAUCUCCACAGACAAGGAUUCAGCUAAGAAGGCCCGUAACACUGUGCUCCUCCACCUGAUUCAGCUGGGACUGUGUCUCACCUCUUUUCUGUACAGCGUCUUUGAACGUAUGUUGUCCACAAUUGAUUUGACCCUGUACAUGAAUUUCCGCGUCCUGCUUUUUUUUGUCCUUUUCAUCCUCCCCCGAUGCCUGAGUCCCCUGAUUUACGGCCUGAGGGAUGAUACUUUCCGGCCCCUCUUCCUCAGCUAUUUCAGAUGCAGGUCCGGGAAUGUCACGCCCGCUGUGAUUUUACAUUGA